AUACUGUCUAACACGAGGCUUCGAUAGACGUAUCUUGUAUAAGUAAACAUACCUGUAUAUUUUUUACAAAUAAAAUUUAUAAUGACGGAAAACCACACUGCCGUAAAAAUUAAUUCUGAACGCGACAUUAACAAUAAAAGAACAUCCUACCUCGAUUGGGAUGAAUAUUUUAUGGCAACAGCUUUCUUGUCUGCACAACGUAGUAAAGAUCCUUGUACUCAAGUUGGUGCAUGCAUAGUUAACAGUGAAAAAAGAAUUGUAGGCAUUGGCUAUAAUGGUAUGCCUACUGGUUGCAAUGACAAUGAUUUUCCUUGGACAAAGGGUAUCUCCACCUCUUUAGAUACAAAGUAUCUUUAUGUAUGUCACGCGGAAGUUAAUGCUAUUUUAAACAAAAAUUCUAGUGACGUUAAAAAUUGUACCAUUUAUGUUGGCCUUUUUCCAUGUAAUGAAUGUGCUAAAGUAAUAAUACAAUCUGGUAUCAAGGUAGUUGUAUAUAUGUCAGAUAAACAUGCACAUAAAGUUGAAACUAUUGCUGCAAAGAAAAUGUUUGAUGCAGUAGGCAUUGAAUACAGACAAUAUAUUCCGAAAAACGAAAGAAUCGUAAUUGAUUUCACCGAGAUUAAUUGGAACGAAAUGACUCAAUUACCGCCCACUCCGAUGAAGAGUAAUACGUAAAUGUAUCUAUGACAAAACAUAAUAUACAGUUCUGGUUGAAACUUUCACGUAAUAUUAAUCUUUCGGUAACACAUGAAAAUAUGGCUCAUGGUGUUUGUUGGAUUACUAUUAUUUACAUAUAAAAUUGAAUUGGGAGUAGGUACAAAUGGAAACGGAGAAAUACCUUGUCGUGUUUGAAAUUUUUACAGAUCCACUUAUUUGCAUCUUUAACAAUAACCACACGAGGUUAUAGAAAAUAAAUAACAUAAUGCACAGAAGGCGAAAGAAUUUAGCGAUAAGACAAAGAUACUAUCAAGUAUUUAAUGUCGUCCGCAACUAAUGCAAACCAUUUACUGUACAAAUGUAAACACUGAUACAAUAAAGUAUGGCAUGAUAUAAAUAUGUAACAGUAUUUAUCAUUUUUUCAAAACGAUUGAAGGAAGGGCGACUGUUGAUACGUGAUAUCAUAUUUUUUUAUGUUGACUCGUUAUUAAUAUAACAACAAAGAGAAAUUGAACAUAGAGUUUUGAUAUAUAUGAUAAUAAUAAUACGUUUAUGUACAUACUAUACAUAUCCCAGUUCUUGUCUUUAAAAUAUUACUUCACUUACGUUCGUAAUCACAACUCUAAUGAGGAAAGUUACAUAAAGAAAGUAAUUAUGUAUGGUGAUUGAAUUCAUCAUAUAGGAAAAUAUUUUACGUCAACGAAGGUGCAUGUGCAUUUCACGUGUAUAAAUAUCGACACUUAUGAAGGAGCUUAUACAAUAGAACGAACGUUUCGUUUAAAUGAAUUAUCUAUUAUUACUAUUGGUGGAGCUAAAACUAUAACAAAGUGUUCGCUGUAUUAGUAGAUGUUUCUCAAAAUACGAUAAACUCUUAUUGCAAAUGGCAGUAACUUACUAUCAUAACAUAGUGAUUAAAGUAAGAAAUAAUCGCAAUUAGCGUUCGAUAAAUAUUAAUUUGUUCGUUUCAUUUUAAGUCUCUUUAACUGGAAUACUAGAUCGUCUUAAAAGUUAAUCGUAUACAUUUAAAAAAAAAUCAUCAUACGAAAACUAUAUGAUGAAUUCAUUUACACAAGGAGAUGGAAGAGGAUGCGGGUCGAGGUACCCAUGCUUAUCGUUUAUUCGUAAGAUUAAAUCAAAGACUACAAGGCGAAAUCUCAACUGAACCUUUUAAAGAUCGAUAUACCAUCCUUAAUCAGCAUUGUUUAUUUCUCAAAGUUCUGAUAAUUAUUUAAGAGCGAGAUAGAAAUUUGUAUAUCGAGGUAACAACCUCCGAUAAAGAUUGGAGCGACUAAUAUAUACAUCUUUUCCAAAUGUGGUAGCUUUGCCAAAGCCAAAGCCAAUUGUAGAAAAUGUAUAUAUAAAAAAAGAAAAAAAAAAUGAAGUAUCAACGCUUCGGUAGAUGCAUGGUCGAGACUUGGUGUAACAUGAAUGACGGAUGUCGAUGUGUAUUCAUUUUUUAUAAAGACUGUCCACGAGAGACAAAAGAUGGGCAAAAUUUUAUUCGAACGACAGAUACCGAAUGAAAACUCUAUGUACCGAUCUAUUUGUUCAACGUGAAGCGUAAUUUGAUUGUAUAAUUCGAAUUAUAAUUUUUAUAAAAGAAAUAACGAAUCGAAAUCUUUCAUUCGUUACUUGAAAUCUAUUAUCUGGGUGAGAACUUUGCCCGUCUCUGAUAAGACACUUCGUGCAUCAAUAGGUUAGUAUGAUAGUUAUCGUACAGGAUGUUCUGGCAAUGGUAUUACAUGCGAAUGGUGAACGAUUCUUCGUGAAAAAAUAAAUCGAAAGUGCAGAAUAAAAUUUUUUCGAUUUAUUUUUUACGAGGAAUCAUCUAUCCUCUUAGUUACACCACCACUAUUCGAACAUUGUAUAUCUCGUUUGUGUGGUGCAAUAGCUAAACGGCUAAUGGUAAACUGAACGAGUAAAACAUCUACAUUAUCACUUAUGUUACGAUGUUACUCGCAGUAGCCCUGAGAAACCUUCCAUGCAUUUACAGAAAGUAUUUAUUCGAAAAAUCUUUGCAUUUGUUAUAUUUUCAUAGAGGACUAUUCCAUCGAUCGAAUUUUGUUUUCAUAGUUAAAUCUUCGUCCGGUAUGCAUUACUUUACGUGUGAAUCAAAAAUGUUAAAUAUACAUUACCAUGAAUAUCACUCGAUGCAAUUACCUUAUUUUUUAUGAUUACCAUUAAGUUGACUUUGAGUAAGUUUUUACCAUUGGCAUAGGAUUAAUUAAUCGCAAAAAUUAUACUCUAUGACUUAAAUAAGAUAGGAAAUGUGUACAUAUAUUUGAUUGUAUAUGUAUAUAUAUAUAUAUAUUUAUAUAUAUGCAUACGUAUGUAUACAUAUGUAUAUAUAUGCAUACAUAUGUAUAUAUAUAUUGUUAAAGUAAUUAG